UCCUUUUAUUACAAAACAAAACACAAACUCUCCAUCAUCCUCUUGCAUGAACCAAACCAAAUCCAAAAUGUGUACGGCGGAGAAAGACGGGAUCAUGCUCUUCGGCGUGCGCCUCACCCUACCCGAUAACAACCCCACCGUUUUCAGAAAGAGUGCCAGCAUGAACAAUCUCUCCCCAAACUCUGAAUCGCCUCCGCCGCACCAUCCCAAUGCAGGCUACGCCUCAGAAGACGUCGUUCACCUCUGCCGUCGCACACGCAAGCGAGGGAUUCCGUGGACGGAGGAGGAGCACAGGCAGUUCCUGUUGGGAUUACAGAACGUUGGGAAAGGAGAUUGGAGAGGAAUUUCUAGAAACUUCGUCAAGACUCGAACGCCCACUCAGGUCGCUAGUCACGCUCAAAAGUAUUUUCUCCGCCGUCACACUCACAAUCGCCGCCGCCGGAGAUCUAGUCUCUUCGAUAUCACCACCGACUCGGUGAAGGAAGAGGAACGAGCGGUGCCGUCAGCUAGGUCGAAACCGGUUUUGCCGGCACUUCCGUCUUUGAAAAUGGCUGAGCUGGACUUGAAUGGGAGGUCGCUCUCGCUGAAGCUGAGGUUGCCGGAGUCGGAGGAACCGUCGCCGGUGACUUUUGAGCUUGUCUAGUGGGAAUUUGAGCGGUGACGUGGACAUGAUUAGUGUUGCUUGAAUGCAGUGAUCGGUGAGAUGAGAUGCGGUUUUGAUGGAUUUACCUUCUUCUGUGUGUGAAAGAUUUAGCCUAGAAAAUACAGCGAUGGAAUUUAGAAGAGCGAUAGUGAAGAAGUCUCUCAGUAUAUAUUCUCUCCUAAAUUUUUGUAACAACGUGGCAAUUGGUUUAAAUGUGAUAUCCACCUUCUUGUCACGCGUGAUGUAAAUAAACAUUUAUUUAAUUUUUCUGUUUUUUGGUCUCUUCAAAA